AGAAAGAAACGAGUCAGCGAGCGGGUGUGAGCUCGGCGCCUUGCUGCGCAAGUCUCGGUUUCUAUUCAGACGCCGCCCUAAUGUUUAUAGUUCGUUAUCGUUACCCACCGCAAGGGAGAGCUGAUGACUUCAAGUUCACACUUAACGGAAAGAAGGGAGGGCGACGAAGAGUAGACAUCUUGUGGGCACCAAGUGGCAGGCUGCUGGGCUAUCGCUACUGGCCGUCCCUUUCUGGAAAAGCGGAGGGCGCCUCUGGCUGGCCGAGACGUCUAUGAAGGCAGCGGAUGUUGUCCUCUGUGUAACGGAGUGGGGUGGCCACCCCUGCGCUGCCAAGUGACCUGGGUGUCUUCUCUUACGCAAGGAUCUUCAAGAGGACAACACAAGCAUGUAUCCUUCGGAGAGCCUGGGGGCUUUAAUCAAAUUCUUCAAAAGUCACCUGAAGAUGAGAAAGAAGAGUCUCUUGUCGAUCUUCUGUAUACUUCUCACGUUUGUUGUGUGUUUGCUGUUUUGGCCACCCUUCUUCCCUUCCUUCUUUUUCCGGACAAUUCAGCAAGGUAUAAACAGACCCCCGUUCUUCCCUGAGCGAAAUUCCAUCAUCCCCAUCACUGGCACGAAAGCUUUUAUCUUUUCAGCCUUUUUGGAUGAUAGGACCUUUCUCCAGGUGUCUCCUGUAAUUCGGAUUAUUGGAAUUGGUGCCUCGGAUGAGGAAGAAGGCCGCUACUGCCAUGUUAAGUGUGAGAGCAACACCAUCUCCACUCGAGCCCUGACAUCUGACCUCGGCAAAAAGGCCUCCAAGGGGGUGUACUGCGUGUUGUGUAGAAACCCAUGUGUCUUGUCUGCUCCGAUAAGUGUGGCUGUGAGUGCAGAACGUAACCACAGUGCCUCGGAUGUGUUUGUGAAAAUUCAUAACGCCAAAGAAAGCCAACUCGAUGAGCCUCGGCACACAUUCACUGUAUGCGUUAGCACGAUGCUCGACAACUACAACAAUGUCCUGCAGCUUAUCCAUUUGAUCGAAAUGUAUCGACUGCUGGGGGCGGACAAGGUGUUCAUGUACAAAAUAAGCUGCUCGGACUUGGUGUUGCGGGUGCUCAAUUACUACACCAGGAAUGGAUUUGUCGAAGUCAUUAGCUGGAAUAUGGACAUGCUGCAUAAUGUUUCCAUGGACUUAAAACCUGGCAUCCGAGACGAGAUGCAUCAUCAUAUUCAGAAUGUCUUUACAAACGAUUGUGUCUACAGGAAUAUGUACACGAGCAGGUACCUCAUCCUCAAUGGGCCUGAGGAAAUCCUUAUCCCUAACGAGCACAAAACAUGGAUUAAUCUGUUGGAGGCUCUGACACAGAAGUAUGUUGGAGCCAAUGUGUUUUUAUUUGACCAGCGCAUAUUCCCAGCUAUUGCUCACCACCCAGACAGCCUUGAUUCUCCUAAGGAGUGUCCACAAGUGCCGGGCGUGAAUAUUUUGAACUCCCACUACAAGUUGGGGAAAGUGGCUGUUGUCAAGAAGGUGGUAGUCGACCCCAAGGUAGUCAUUGGUUACACCUCCAAACAGUUUGUGCUGGAGCACCAAGGCACGGAGGUCAACAUCCCGAGUGAGGUGGCCGAGAUGCGCCUCUAUUCUGACCCUGUUACAUCUGAGAUUGAAGAUGUGCGUCUUCAAAAGGACAACCGGCUGCAAAUCUAUCGGGCUGACCUAGAAGAGAAGAUGAAAAAGGUCUGCAGGGUUGUCUCAGGAUGGAUAACAAGGGUGGAGAUGAAGUGGUACAAGCAGUGGACACACUGGAAUGCUCCCAUUAUUGGUGAAGGCACUUUCAAUCGUGAGGUUGUUCAGAAUCACUUCACCAAAGAAAAUCCCAUCAUUGGCUUGACCGUCUUUGCAAUUGGCAAAUACCUGGAUGCUUACUUGGAGAAGUUUCUCCUCACCGCUGAGAUGCAUUUCAUGAAAGGGUAUCGGGUGAUUGUGUACGUGAUUGUGGAUGAUCCCUCAAGACUCCCCUACAUUGAAUUUGGAGUAAAACAUUCAUAUAAAGUGUUUCGCAUUCUUAAGGAGGACAGGUGGCAGGACAUCAGCAUGAUGCGCAUGAAGACCCUCUCAGACCUUCUGCGGAAUUACAUCCAGUACGAGGUGGACUAUGUCUUUUGCAUGGAUGUUGAUCAGUAUUUCUUAGCCCCCUACAGCGUGGAGACCUUAGGAGAACUGGUGGCGCAGGCUCAGGCAUGGUUCUUCCAUGAAAGUAAUUACAAAUUCACCUACGAAAGGCGGCCACAGUCGACGGCCUACAUCGCAGAUGGGAUGGGCGAUUACUACUAUCAUGCAGCCGUCUUUGGAGGCAGGCCGCUUAACGUUUUGAAAUUGGUUGAGUUCUGCUUCCAAAACAUCGUAGAAGACAAGAAAAAAAAUAUCGAGGCAGUCUGGCAUGACGAGAGCCACUUAAAUAAGUACUUUCUCUUGAACAAACCAACCAAGAUCUUAAACCCAGAUUACUGCUGGGAUUAUAAUAUUGCUCAAAACUCAAAUGCAAAACUUGCAUGGGCAACCAAGGACUAUGCAAAUUUAAGGCAAAAAUAAUGUGACGGGAGCUGUUGUGCCACACUUCUCCCUGCCUUUUUCUCACUAUCUUUUGUUUCUUGAACCUCAGGAUAUGCUAAUAUUUGCACAAGAGGCCCGACAGAGUUUGGAUCGCAUCCUGUGUGCCUUACCUGGGCUUCAAAAGUGCACUCUGACACCGAGCUCCCGGUACACUGAGAGCUCAGGUGGCACCUUCUAUCCAGUGCCAUUAGAAAAUUUUCAGAAGUAUUGAUGGGCAGCAAGCAACACCAUCUUUCUUUGCUUCUCACAUUCGGCAGAUGCAGCUUAAUAUUUAAACUGUCCAUGGAACACGGGAAGAACAUUUCAGCUUUAAAGUGCUGGAGUAGAAAUGGGGCUGAAAAUACGUACACUGGGAAGUCCACAAAAGAAGCUGCAGUAGAUGGAAAAGUCGAAUGAGGGCACAUAAAUAUUAGGGAAAUACUCGCAGUGAGAAGAAGUUUGGACGUGAUAUCCUGACCCAAGGCACCCUCAUGCCGUGGUGACCUCCGAAUGUGAUAACGGAGAGCUUUUGCUGUUUGUUACUGUCUUUCAAGUCCGUCAAUUCUUUAUUUUUUUCCUCCUGUCUAAAGCACUUGACAGACUUCCACUGUUCGAUUGCACUUCACAUGGUGAAGUCAGAGGUGCCAUUUCAAACUCUAAAUGGUGGCAUUGAUGACCAAACUCCAUCCCUGCCCUUAGGUUUAUAAGAGUGCCUUAUGGUGGCCAUUCAUUUGCACUACAGCUGAUUACGGGUGGGUUUAAGGGGUGGAUGGGGUGGCGGAGUAUGGGGAGGUGGAUUUAGAUUUUUUAUAUGGUUGACCAUUCAGUCGUUGUUAGUUUUUUAGUCAUCUUGACCCAACUUUUUGAGAGUCAUCAACCCCGCUUAUGAAUGUCACUCUUGAUCCUAAUGUGGGUCCUGUAGGGUUGUGAAGAUAAUUGAAGUGUGCUGGUCACAUAAAUACAAAUAUUUGGCUAUCCGAGUAAUUUAUGGGUUGAGCUUUGGUAUGUGCUUCCCUCUUCAGUUGUUUAGGUUGUUCUGUCUUUUCGUUUGGUGGCACAGUGACUAAGACCAACUGCAUCUGUGACACUAAAUGGAUUAUUGAGGAUCCUACCUCGGAAGAGUGUCUUCUUGGGGCCUUUUGUGACAGUUUGGCCGUUUUAACUGGAAACCACUACGGAUGACCUUAGUCUCGCUAACUACUAGAGACUGAGGUCCAGAGAUCAUCUGCAUGAAAACCAAACUGUUUGAUUGCCUUUAGAUGUUUAGAAGUAACUGACAAGACUGAACAGUUAAAGCUGGGCAGUCCUAAGGAUGCACAGAUGACCAUAGCUGGUCAUCUUUAUGGGGUUAGAGACGUCAAAUGUAGUUUAAAAAAGAGCCAAUGACAUGAUAAAAGUUGUAUUACCAAAUGUGAAGUAGAUACACAAAGAAACAGAGAGUCAUUUCUUAAAUAUAUUUUUUCUACAUGUAAGUUUGAGAUGUUUUAGGAGAUAUAUAUAUUUGGAUUUUCAUUUUUGAAUGAAUUCUGCAGUCCCCAGAAGUUUGCCCACCUCCUUCAUUGUGUCGAAUACCCCAUUCUGUAGCGUCAGCCAUAAGGAUGGAGACCAUGGACCAUGGAAGUCUUUGCGUCAGAUAGCCUUGUGGUCCUCAGCAGUCCCACAUAGUGACACGCUAUGAGUCAGCCCUCUGAUGGAAUUGAUUUAUUUCUGCCUGGAAUGUACUCUUAAGGGAAAGAGAGGCCAUGAUGUGGAUCACAUGACACACCAAUGACUACACUCCCAAGAGUACCAAUGACUGUGGAUUAUAGAUUUAUUUUUUAUUAUGUUUGUAAUGUUUUUAUAUUUCUAAGUUUGAUUGUUUCAAGUUCCUGUGGAAAGGAAAGGAAGGGAAGGGAAGGGACGCAACGCUGCCCUACUCAGUGGCCCUCGCUCUUCGUAAAGGGCGAUAAAGAAGGGGAGACUUCAAGAGCAGGAGAAAUUUUCUAAGUUCUGGUUUCUAGAGGCAUUCACGUACAGCAGUGUGUCUUCUAAAUUAUAAAACCAUAAAUAAAAGGGAAUUUCAAAAACAAAACUU